UGUUUGAUAUGCGCCAAACUGCCGGGCCUCUGGAAUUUGUUAACGGGUUGACAAACAACCCAAUUCAUACAAUAUAUUCUACACUUAAUUCAACCCUUCCCUCAGGUGUUACAACUGUUCUGUCAGCGUCAUCCUCUGGCAUUUGUCUGUGGAACUUUGGUGGAUCUGAGCAGAGGCCAUUUAUGGUUUUGGAGGCUGGUAAUCAAGGAGCAUGCAUAUCUCUUGCUUAUUCUCCUAGCAGUGAUGACAUGGUUGCUUCAUUUCGCCCAAGAAUUGACAAUUCUAGCGAGAUGACAUCUUCUCAAUCCUUACUAACUGCUGCUCAUGCUCUUGAGCAAGGGGUUCAAGGUUCCCAUGUUCAUUUGAAGAGAGUCGGAAGCAACUUCUAUCAGAAGUUGGCGGUUACAUGUGCCAAUGUCAAUGAUGUUCGAUUGCUAUGAUCCACAGUUAUGAACAUAGAGAAUCAUGGGUGUCUGUUUGUAUCAGGGGAUGAACUUACCUGUGAAUUGGUCUUGCAAGAGUUGCCAUCUUUUACUGUUGUUCAGCACCUUAAGUCACCAAAGCAGCCUAUUUAUGAUGUAAAGUAUGCACAUGCCUGAAAAGGAGGUUUGUUAGGUUGUUUAAGUGAGGGUAUUUUGCUGCUGUACAGUAAUCAUGCUCUAAAAUAGAUUUGGAUUCUAACUGGGAAUCUGUCCGAAAGAAUUCCUUUCCUAACGAA